CCCCUCCCCACCCACACGUACCCAGGUGCCAAGAGCCUCAGCCGUGGGGGAGGUGGAGGUCAGUGGGACCAGGCUGAGCCGAUUACCGGGCAGAGGGGGAGGAAUAUUUGGCCCCCGGCGCGCGGGGGGAGGGGCGUGGGACUUGAGAAUAGCUCAGCCCCUCCCCCACGCAUCUCUUCCCUCGUCGAGGGCUCUGCCGCGCCCCCAUCCCUCGCGACCCGAACCCCAAAAGGAAUGCUGGGAGUGGACCUGGGGGCGUCGCGGCGGGGCGGGGUGCACGAGGGCUCUCAGGCCCCUCCUGAAGCUGGCCCGCUGAUGUCACUCGCAGUUGUGAGCGGCCGCCUUUCCCGGGGACAAUGUGGGACUGAGCGGCCCAGCCGCCGCGCCGCCGCCGCCGCCGCCGCAGGACAGCCCCAGCGAGAGCCGGCCAGGCCGCAGCGUGGACACUGUCCCAGGCCGCUGUGGCCCCAGCCCCGCCUGACAGGAUGAGCGGCUCAGACGCGGGGCUGGAGGAAGAGCCGGAGCUCAGCAUCACCCUCACGCUGCGGAUGCUGAUGCACGGGAAGGAGGUGGGCAGUAUAAUCGGGAAGAAGGGAGAGACUGUAAAGCGGAUCAGGGAGCAGAGCAGUGCCCGGAUCACCAUCUCCGAGGGCUCCUGCCCCGAGCGCAUCACCACCAUCACCGGCUCCACAGCCGCCGUCUUCCACGCUGUCUCCAUGAUCGCCUUCAAGCUGGAUGAGGACCUCUGUGCUGCUCCUGCAAAUGGUGGGAACGUCUCCAGGCCUCCCGUGACCCUACGCCUCGUCAUCCCUGCCAGCCAGUGUGGCUCGCUGAUCGGGAAGGCGGGCACCAAGAUCAAGGAGAUCCGAGAGACCACGGGUGCUCAGGUGCAGGUGGCGGGGGACUUGCUCCCCAAUUCCACAGAGCGUGCUGUCACCGUGUCUGGGGUGCCUGAUGCCAUUAUCCUGUGUGUGCGGCAGAUCUGUGCUGUUAUCCUGGAGUCCCCACCCAAAGGAGCCACCAUCCCCUACCAUCCAAGCCUCUCCCUGGGUACGGUCCUCCUGUCUGCCAACCAGGGCUUUCCUGUCCAGGGUCAAUAUGGGGCUGUGACCCCAGCUGAGGUCACCAAGCUCCAGCAGCUCUCAGGCCACGCAGUCCCCUUUGCCUCCCCUAGCGUGGUGCCAGGACUGGAUCCUGGCACACAGACCAGUUCGCAGGAAUUCCUGGUUCCCAAUGACCUGAUCGGCUGUGUGAUCGGGCGCCAGGGCAGCAAGAUCAGCGAGAUCCGGCAGAUGUCAGGGGCCCACAUCAAGAUCGGGAAUCAAGCCGAGGGCGCUGGCGAGCGGCAUGUGACCAUCACCGGCUCGCCCGUCUCUAUCGCCCUGGCCCAGUACCUCAUCACUGCCUGUCUAGAGACGGCCAAGUCUACCUCUGGGGGGACGCCUGGCUCAACCCCCGCAGACCUGUCCGCCCCCUUCUCGCCGCCCCUGACGGCCCUGCCCACGGCUCCUCCAGGCCUGCUGGGCACGCCCUACGCCAUCUCCCUCUCCAACUUCAUCGGCCUCAAGCCUGUGCCCUUCUUGGCUCUACCGCCCGCCUCCCCAGGGCCACCGCCGGGCUUGGCGGCCUACACUGCCAAGAUGGCCGCGGCCAAUGGGAGCAAGAAAGCCGAGCGGCAGAAAUUCUCCCCCUACUGAGGCCGCCGGAGCCACAGGCAGGGGCAGGUGGGACCGCCAGCUGGGGGGCUGCCCUGGCACCCUGCCUGCCCCAGGAGACUCCACCCAGGGCUCCCAGAUGCCGCUAACGCCAGACGCAUGGAUGCACUCCCUCCCCUGCCUGGGUCUGUGCGAUUCCUUCUCCCACAGCAGGUGCAGUUCCUGGCCCAGGGCUCCGAGAGCUGUGGCAGCCCCAGGGCAGGGGCCCCCAUCCCCUCAGCUCUGUGCUCGGAUGCAGGGAGCAGCCAGGGGCCUCUCUGGUGCCCCCACCACGGUGGGGUCACUCCUGCACACCCCACCCCUCUGGGCUUCCGGCCUCCUGCCUGCUGUGUGGGGCUCAGGGAGGAGAGCGUGGGGGUGGCUGGAGCCGUGCUUCUGUUCCCGCCUUCUGCGGGUCCCUGCUGCUCCCCCCGCGCCCUGUGACUGGAAUGGACUGGCUGGGCUUGCCUUUGGGCAGCCCAGGGAGGGGGCUCUGCUGGGAGCUGGGGCAGUGGCAUGGGGGCAGGGGCCCAGUUCUGAGCAGCAGACACUGUACAGUUUUUUUCAAUCCCUGUUUUUGAAUAAACAUUCUCAGCGACCAGGAA